UUUGAGGCAGCUGGAAACGUGAAACUUGAAGCGACAUAAACAAAUUAUUUCUUGACGGAUUUUGGGUGAAAACGAUCGCCGGUGGACCUAGGCGAGCAAGAUGGGUCGCCGACGCUGGUCUGAGGCGCAAUUCCGUGCACUCUGGUUUCUUCUUGUAAUGAUAUCAGUUGGGAACACAGACUCAACUUCUGAAUUGACCACCACUUUGGAAUCACCCUCCACCAAUUCGGAAUCCACCUCAACCUCGAUAUCUACCAACACUUUGGAAUCUAUCACCAUUCUGGACACAACUACUGAAUCAACUUCUGAAUUGACCACCACUUUGGAAUCCACCACCACUUCGGAAUCACCCUCCCCUUCGGAAUCCACCUCUACCUCGGUAUCUACCAGCACUUUGGAAUCUAUCACCAUUCUGGACACAACUACUGGUGAGUGAAGGAUAAUUUUUUUUUCAAAGUCGUCACAUGAGCCGUAUUG